CUCAACACUCCUUUUCAUCUUAUUCUUUUCUGUGUUUGUUUAUUUAUAUAAGCAGUAGGUUUGAUAUUUACAUAAAUACAUGGAGAAUCAUCGUCAAGCUUUGAACAAUGGGAAAUUUGUUGGGUCUGAAAGUGAUUAUCAGUUGAAAUCAUCAGCUGGUUUCGAUAAAAAGAAGUCUAGAAAGCCUAGGCAUGCUUUUCAAACAAGGAGUCAUGUUGAUAUACUUGACGAUGGAUAUCGUUGGAGGAAAUAUGGCCAAAAAGCUGUUAAGAACAACAAAUUCCCAAGAAGCUACUAUCGGUGCACAAAUAAAGGAUGCGUUGUAAAGAAGCAAGUCCAACGUUCAACCACAGAUGAAAGUAUGGUAGUGACGACCUACGAGGGAAUGCACAAUCAUCCUAUAGAUAAGGCUACUGACAAUUUUGAACAUAUCUUGAACCAGAUGCAUAUUUAUACACCCUUUUUCCAUGUUUAACUAUUUAUCAUCGCCACGAACCAAGCGACUUUGGUAGUAAAUGAAAUGUUGUUAUUCCUUGAGGUCCCGGAUU